AUGGCAAAGAAGCAUUCUCUUGAGGCGCUGUACAGAACACUCAAAGACGUGAAGUGUAAUAAAGAUUGUUCCAGUAAUACAAGACACGUGUCCAGUGUUGUUAGGAAAUUUAGUAGCAUGGAACGAGUGAAUAUCAACGUUAAAGCUGGCACAGUCAGCGGGGUCAUCGAGAAGCUACCGGACGGUAACGAUUUUUGCGCCUUCCGUGGCAUACCCUACGCUAAGGCGCCCGUUGGAAGUGGUCGCUUUCAGCCACCAGAACCAUUGGACCGUUUCCAGACACCCGUGCUUGACUGCAGCGUAGAGCGUGAUGUUUGCAUAUCUAAAAAUCCCUUCGAUCAAAAAUGGAACGGUUCGGAGGAUUGCCUUCACCUCAACGUGUACACUCCUCAAAUACGACACCAGGAAGAACCUCUCCCAGUCAUGGUGUUCAUACACGGAGGAUCAUUCAAAUAUGGCAGUGGAAACAGUGACUGCUACUCUCCCGAGUACUUACUCGAGCAGAACGUAAUCGUGGUCACGAUAAACUACCGUUUGGGGCCGCUCGGAUUGCUGCACCUCCCGAGCCAGGGAGUCGAAGGUAAUAUGUCACUGAAGGACCAGCUGAUGGCGCUUCGCUGGGUGACGGAAAACAUCGUCAGCUUCAACGGUGAUCCGAACAAUGUGACCCUGUUCGGUGAGAGUGCCGGAGCGGUCGCGGUCCACCUGCAUCUUUUGUCCACGCGUUCAACACAGUACUUCCACAAAGCCAUCUGCCAGAGUGGUGUUCCGUUGGCCGGAUAUGCCUUGCCGAACGAUACGAUCGGUAACAGCCGGCGAUUGGCGAGAUUGAUCAAUCCGUUGGCUAAAACGGACGCCGAUGUACUCAAAACGCUUCGGAAUGCUCCGGCGAAAGAACUGGCGCUGCUGGGCGAUCGUACAAUGACGAAGGACGAAAGCCGAAGCGGAUUUCCGAUAGCGUUCCGCACAGUUAUCGAUACGAACAGCAAAGAACCGAUAGUGGCACUUCAUCCCAUCACGGCAAUGCAGACUACCGAUCGGAUCCCGCAGAUUCCACUGAUGCUCGGCUACAACGAUCGUGAUGGAGCCUCCUUCACGCAGCACAUGAUAAAAUAUCCCGAACUGUACCGGGACGAUAUGCAGCGGAUGAUCCCGAGGACACUCAACUUGGACAAGCGCUCACCGGAAGCGGCACAGCUGGCGAAGGAAAUAGAACAGUUCUACUUCGGCCCGGAAGGGUUCUCACCGCGAAAGGUCGACGAUUUUGCCGACCUCGUAACGGAUUGCAAUUAUUCAGUAAUCAUACGAAUGGCCGCUGAGCUGCACGCCCGCUUUCAGCACCGGUCACCGCUCUACUUCUACCGCUUCGAAUACGACGGGGAUUUGAAUUUGUACAAGAAAUUCCUUCCGUUUCCCCUGGCCGGAGCGUACCACGCGGACGAUCUAGGAUACCUGUUUCGCAUGCGGAUGGCCCCUAAGGAGGUGCACGCAAACUCGGAGGCCGCGCGUGUCCGUCGGUACAUGUGCCGCAUGUGGACCAAUUUUGCCAAGUACGGAAAUCCGACGCCUGCACACGACGAAUCACUUCCGUUCAGCUGGACUCCGGUCCCGCACGUGGAACCGGAGUCGCAAGCACGAUUUCAUCUCCCUUACCUUCGCAUCAAUGCCGAGCCGCAGAUGGACGUCGAUCCAGACCGAGAGAGGAUUGGGUUUUGGGAAAAGAUUUACCAGAAGUACAAUGGGGGAUUUAAGAAUAUUUGA